AUGUCGUCGGGAUUUGCGGCGCAGAAGACGGAUCUACUGCAACAACUCACUGCGCCUCAUACCUCGGAUGCGAAUAUCCCGUCCAGCAACAUCGAUGUCGGCAUCCGAAGACUAGUGGAUGAAAUCAACGAAAUAGAAACUCUGGUGACGACAAGCAGCUGUGCAGGCCGCAUUGUUGUAUAUCUGGAAGGCAGGACUUUGACCUCUCCGCCCCCACACCUGGAUGAUCAUGCGCGAAUCUCUGUUGCCUCUACUGCUGCCGAUUACAAUGGUCAGUCACUUUUUGUGUCGCAUGACCCAUUACCACUGUCAGGGAAGGGUCCUGUAGCUCCAAUGUUGGGGCUGUCUGAUCAUACCAACCUCGGCGUUCCUCCAUCUAUCGAGGGCGUCAGGUGGGUUCGGUGCAAGUUUGAGUCUAUGGUAGGUGAUAUCUUUGUUUCUUGUUUCAGCCGAUCUGCUUUCGAGCUUUGCGUUGUGUUAAGCUUGCGUAUAUUGUGCUCCUCACUUGAGAGUGCACAGAAACUGGACACAGCAGCAUUUCAGUCUGGAUUCAGAGACAGUGGCAUAUCAUGUAUAUCAACCGAGAACCUCCGGACAUCAACCGCUAUAGUUGCAAUUCGAAACACCGAUCUUGCUUUCGACAGUGUGAUUGGUUACGAGGCCGACGACGGCAAGCUGGUACCAAUGGUUACAGAGGCAUACAUGCGAGUCCUGAUCAAACUCUGCAAUGAGAAGUUCCGAGUCAACAAGCAAAGGACAGAGGCAUUCCGGGAAGCACUGUUCACAAGCUUUAAACCACAGCAAGUCCGAUCUUCUGGUCCUUCAGCUUGGGAACCUAUCGAACAGCGUAGGGCGAGGAUUAAAGAGGAUGGUCUUCGACGACAAGCAGAAACAGACGCGUAA